GAAGAAAGAACUAAGUUAUCAAGAAUAGAGAGAAAUUCAGAGCUUAUUAAGAUGACGUUUUAUUUAGAUGAAGAAGAAGUGUGGAGAUGUCCCAAACACCCUUCGAAGCGACGGAGGAAUGGAGUUUGCCCGGUUUGUCUCAAGGACAGGCUCGUCAUUCUUUGCCCUGACUGUGCUAAUGUACGCCCCUGUGCAUGCUACGCCUCUGCGUCGUCGUCGUCUUCCUCCGCUUCCUCUUCGUUUUCUCUCUUCUCCUCAUCCUCCGGUCGUAGCGGCGGCGGCGGAGGAGGAGGAGGUGGUGGUUGCGAAGGAAUUUGCUCCGUCGCACGAGUUUCGAAGCUUAUAGAAAGUGAGCCGGCGUUUCAGAGAUCAAAAUCCGUCGGAAUUCCUUUCCUCCGAUCACGAGACAAAAUCUCUGCCGCCCGGAGAAAUCAGCCGCCGAUUUGUAACGACAAGAUUAACAAAACGCCGUCGUUCUGGUCGGUUUUUAAGUUGAGUAAGAGUAAGAGAAGCGGAGAAUCAGAGAAGGAAGGAUUGAAAGGAAAAGCGAAUAUUCAUCAUGUCAAUGUUAUUAACGAAUUAAGUGAUAGUAGAAUUGAUGAUUUUGCGAGGAUGAUGAAUAGAUCAAGAUCAAUGAGUGUGGCGAUAACGUCAGUUUCCGGCGCCGGUGAGUCGCCGUCGAAGUCGAAAGGAUGGCAUUUUCCAAGUCCAAUGAAAGUCUUCCGUCAAUCGAAGGCUUCUAAAUUGGUUAACGAACGGUCGCCUAUGUACAGAGGUUGAGUUUUCAUUUAUUUAUUUAUUUAUUUAUUUAUUUAUUUAUUUUUUAAGUUUCUAUUUUUGAGUAUUCAGAAUAUUAAAGGCAGUAUUGAGUAUUGUAUGAAGGAACUUCAAACAAGUAAAUAAAAAAAUUAGUUUCAUUUCUUAUGGAUAUGAAUAUAAUGAAAUAACAAUUGCGCUACUGUUUUAGAAGGAACUGGAAAUCUUACAAUACAGUUUCAUGUAUUAGAUCUCCA